AUUAAUAAUCAACAGUUUUUGUCUGAUGGAUAUAUAAACGGGGCGGUCAAAAUGAAUUGCACCAUAUCUCAGCAAUCGCUCUGAAGAGAUAAAUAGUCUUGCAACAUUUUGCAAAACAAACUUUUAUCUUGAUUUUAAGAUUUUGGAUUUACUUAUCUACCACAAUGGAAAGUGACAAAGCUCAGGCCCAGGCUCUUCUGCUCUUCAACUGUGUGCAUCAGGGACACUUUAAUGUUCUCCGGAAGCUGCUGAAGGCAGGGGCAAACCCUAACGUGUACGACACGGAGGGAGAGCCCCUCAUCUUCAUCCCCGUUGUCAAUGGCGACUACGAGACCUUGGAGGUCCUGCUAGAAAGUGAUUCUUGUGACAUCAAUAUCAAAAGUUUGGAUUCGGCGACUACGGCCCUAACAACAGCUGUAGGGUUAGAAGAUCUUGAGAUGGUCAAGUAUCUCAUCAAAGCUGGAGCUGAUGUCAACUGUAUUGAUGAGGCUGGGAAAUCGCCACUUCUUCUAGCUCUCCAGGACGGGAAGUUUAAGAUCGCCCAGUACCUCAUGAAACAAGGCAGUGAUGUCAAUAUUGUGGAUGAACUCGGACAGUCAGCACUCUUCUUGAUCGCUAAUGGUGGGAAUAACGAUUGUUUGAAAACAGUCAAGAAACUCAUGAAAUACGGAUAUUCUCUUGAGAAAGACUCUGCAUGGAUAUCUCCUGAAGAAAUAGACUUGGAAAAAGUUCAAAGUAAAUCCAAGAUCAACAAGCUCCUGAAAAAAGUGUCCUCCAAACUGUUGUCGCUUCCAUCCAUCCAGAGCCAGACCAUCUGUAACUGCACCACAUGAGCACGUGGUUCGUAACAAAGGCCAAGAAGCUGCUACCACAGAGCAGUGUGUCCGACAAUGCAGAGUCAAGAACCUCGCUCGGCCAGGAACCAUUUCUCACCGGAGUCGAAGGGAUCACAAAAAGCCCCUGAUUCCGCCCAUCCCACGGGGGGUUCGUGCAUACCGUUUGUUCUUCAUAAUGUUAUGAUGAAACAUAUCAAUGUCUAUUGCUGCAAGGACUCAUGUCUCAACAGGAUGUUGAUACAAGAUCAAUGAAUAUGAUAUUAGUUAUUGACUUUUUCAGAAAAAUAAAAUAUUCAUUAUUUA